AUGCCGGCCGGCCGUGCCGCGCGCACGUGUGCGCUGCUCGCCCUUUGCCUCCUGGGCAGCGCGGCCCAAGAUUUCGGGCCGACGCGCUUCAUCUGCACCUCGGUGCCCGUGGACGCCGACAUGUGCGCCGCGUCCGUGGCCGCCGGCGGCGCCGAGGAGCUCCGGAGCAACGUGCUGCAGCUCCGCGAGACCGUGCUGCAGCAGAAGGAGACCAUCCUGAGCCAGAAGGAGACCAUUCGCGAGCUGACCACCAAGCUGGGCCGCUGCGAGAGCCAGAGCACGCUGGACGCGGGCGCCGGCGAGGCCCGGGCCGGCGGUGGCCGCAAGCAGCCCGGCUCGGGCAAGAACACCAUGGGCGACCUGUCCCGGACGCCGGCCGCCGAGACGCUCAGCCAACUCGGGCAAACUUUGCAGUCGCUCAAAACCCGCCUGGAGAACCUCGAGCAGUACAGCCGGCUCAAUUCCUCCAGCCAGACCAACAGCCUCAAAGAUCUGCUGCAGAGCAAGAUCGAUGACCUGGAGAGGCAGGUGCUGUCUCGGGUGAACACUCUGGAGGAGGGCAAGGGUGGCCCCAAGAACGAUACGGAGGAGAGGGUCAAGAUCGAGAGCGCCCUGACCUCCCUGCACCAGCGGAUCAGCGAGCUGGAGAAAGGUCAGAAGGACAACCGUCCCGGAGACAAGUUCCAGCUCACAUUCCCGCUGCGGACCAACUACAUGUACGCCAAGGUGAAGAAGAGCCUGCCGGAGAUGUACGCCUUCACAGUGUGCAUGUGGCUCAAGUCCAGCGCUGCCCCUGGAGUGGGCACGCCCUUCUCCUAUGCCGUGCCGGGCCAGGCUAACGAGCUGGUUCUCAUCGAGUGGGGCAACAAUCCCAUGGAGAUCCUCAUCAACGACAAGGUGGCCAAGCUGCCCUUUGUGAUCAAUGAUGGCCAGUGGCACCAUAUCUGCAUCACCUGGACCACCCGGGACGGGGUCUGGGAAGCCUACCAGGAUGGCACCCAGGGUGGCAAUGGCGAGAACCUGGCACCCUAUCACCCCAUCAAGCCGCAGGGGGUGCUGGUGCUGGGCCAGGAGCAGGACACCCUGGGUGGCGGGUUCGACGCCACCCAAGCAUUCGUGGGCGAGCUGGCCCACUUCAACAUCUGGGACCGCAAGCUGACCCCCGGGGAGGUAUACAACCUGGCCACCUGCAGCGCCAAGGCCCUUUCUGGCAACGUCAUUGCCUGGGCCGAGUCCCACAUCGAGAUCUACGGGGGAGCCACCAAGUGGACAUUCGAAGCCUGUCGCCAGAUCAACUGAGGCUCCUG